UUUAUGAAGUUUAAGCUUCACGAGUCGUUUCGUUGGUAGUUCAAUAAUUUUAUUAAGAUAAACUCUCGCUUUUUGCUAAUUUUCCUUUGUAUAUAAAAUAAAUUAACUUAAAAUAAAAUGUGAGUAUUAAUUCUGUUGCGUUUUUGUUUUAAGAUUAAAAGAAGUUUUAAGAAUUGUUAGUGUUUUCCAGAUAUAUUUUGUGUUCGUUGAUAUGGCAUUGGCAGCAAACACCCGAGAAAAAAUUUUUCUUGUAGGCUAUCCGUCUCAUCAAAUUACAGGGUGUAAAUUACCCUCAAAUCGUCAAGUUUUGUCAACACUAUUUUUUAAUUUGCGAAUUGUAAAAUUAAACUUAAAGGAAUCUGCAAGACUUGUCAUUCGAGAGGUACUUAUUUUUUGGGAAAAAGCCAGAAUUCAAACAAAAUAUGAAAAAGAUGCCAUUGUUAAAUUAGAAAAACUUUACAAUGAGUGGAGAAAUCACCAACGAAAUAAAAACAAAACGCUUGAAAGCACCAAAAAUAAAAUAAAAGAAUUUGCGUUGAAAAUGGACGAUCUCUUUGAUAUAGCACAUCGAGAUGCCUUGACCAUUACUGAAAAAAAACGCAGAAUUGAAGAAUUCAGAUUUGAUAUUGAUACUGAAGAUGACGCGGAAACACAGGGGACGGAGGAGGAAGCUCAAGAAGAAGUAUAUAGCCAGAAUUCUGCGGAUUGGGAUAGAAUGGAUGUUUCUCUAUCUCAGGCAACCUCUGGGCCAUCGGGUAGCAGGAAAAUGAGAUGGAAGCGUAGUUGGAUUCAGAACACCAGGAGCCACUCAUCAUGCUAGGUGGAUGGCCAAAGCUAUUUAUAGCUUAAAAAUAUUCAUGUUUCGAAGCCAGUUUAAAAUGAGUAACGAGGAACG